GUCACACUCGAACGAACGCCCGCGCACAUGUUGAGCUUUCUGAGGAUUCAAGGCGCUGUGGCGUCGGCGGGACAGCUCCGCAUCCUGGCCACCAAAACCGCCAGCAAUGUGACAUCCAGCCGCCGCUGUGAGUCCACCAAGUCGCCGGCUACAGAGCACUUUGAUAUAAUCAUUGGCGGCGGUGGACUUGUGGGAACCACUCUGGCCGCCGCCCUGGCCAGGAAUGCCACUUUGGCCGACAAGCGGGUGCUGCUGCUGGAGGGAGCUCCUGAGUUCAAAGGAUUUGAUCCAGCAGGCGCCUACCAGAAUCGCGUAUCCGCCAUCAACAGCAACUCCAUCGAGCUGUUCAAGUCCAUAGAUGCCUGGCCGCACAUCGAGGGAGCCCGGUAUAAGCCCGUCAAGCAGAUGCAGGUGUGGGAGUCCAACACGGAGGCUUUGAUACAGUUCCAGCACGACAACUUUGCCAGCGAUGUGGCCUGCAUCAUUGAGAACGAUCUCAUCCUGGAUGCGGUCUAUGCGCGCGUUAAGGAGGCUACCAAUGUGGAGAUCCUGAACAAGGCCAGGAUUCAAAGCGUACGCCUGCCCAAGGACAACAGUGCUGCUCUCUCCGAGCUUCAGCUGCAGGACGGACGGAGCUUCUCUUGCGAUCUGCUCAUCGGAGCGGAUGGCGCCAAUUCUGUGGUCCGCAAGGAAAUGAACGUGGAUGUUUUCUCACUGAACUACAACAGAAUGGGGCUGGUGGCCACCCUGGAGCUGGGCGAAGACGCCUGCGACAACUCGGUGGCUUGGCAGAGAUUCCUGCCCAACGGACCGGUGGCUCUGCUGCCCCUAACCGAUCGUCUAAGCUCUCUGGUCUGGAGCACUACGAAUGAGCAGGCCAAGAAGUUGCAAUCCCUGCCAGCUGAUGAAUUCGUAGAUGCCCUCAACGAAGCCUUCUGCCGGCAGUAUCCGCGCGUGGAGCUGGCCGACAAGGCUGUGCAGGCUUUGAACUCCCUGUUCGGCCACAAUUCCAGCCAGCACCAAGUGCAGUAUCCUCCGAGAGUUAUUGGCGUUCAAGACAAAUCGCGUGCCACCUUUCCGCUGGGCUUCCUUCAUGCCUCCUCCUACGUUUGCAGUGGAGCAGCUCUCGUAGGAGAUGCCGCCCAUCGAGUGCAUCCUUUGGCUGGACAAGGCGUAAAUUUGGGAUUCAGUGAUGUGCGGAUUUUGGUGGAAUCCCUGGCAGCAGGAGCAUAUGCAGGAUUCAAGCUGGGCGACAAGCAACAUCUCAUCAAGUACGAACGCAAGUGCCUGGCCAAGAAUGUGCCCAUCAUGCUGGGUGUUCAUGGUCUACAUACGAUCUACUCCACGCAGUUCAGUCCGGUGGUUAUGCUCAGGAGUCUGGGUCUGCAACUGACGCAGAAUCUGCCGCCCAUCAAGAACAUGUUCAUGCGGGGAGCAAUGGGUCAGUAGUGGUUGAACAAUGGGGAAAUUAAAGCUUAAGUGUUUACAGUUUUCAGAGGAAUAAAGUGAUUUUAUAUCGAGGGUUUAAAACCUA